UCCGGUUUCCGCCUCCCGUCUGCUUCCGGAAGCUCAGCUCAAAAUGCUGAAGUGCUCCUGCGAAGUCGCUGGUGCUGUGGAAGUUGGAGUCUGUUCUUGGGCCUGAGCCUCGAGGCCAGGCUCCUGGGUGUCGUUAAUGUUCGGGGCCGCCGGGCGCCAACCGAUCGGAGCUCCAGCCGCCGGGAACAGCUGGCAUUUCAGUCGAACCAUGGAAGAACUUGUUCACGAUCUCGUCUCAGCGUUGGAGGAGAGCUCAGAGCAAGCUCGAGGUGGCUUUGCUGAAACGGGAGACCAUUCUAGAAGUAUAUCCUGCCCUCUGAAACGCCAGGCGAGGAAGCGGAGGGGGAGAAAACGAAGGUCGUAUAACGUGCAUCACCCGUGGGAGACGGGUCACUGCCUAAGCGAAGGCUCUGAUUCUAGUUUAGAAGAACCAAGCAAGGACUAUAGAGAGAAUCACAAUAAUAAUAAGAAGGAUCACAGUGACUCUGACGACCAGAUGUUGGUGGCAAAGCGCCGGCCAUCCUCCAACUUGAAUAAUAACGUGCGGGGGAAAAGACCUCUGUGGCACGAGUCGGACUUCGCCGUGGACAGCCUCGGGAACCGAACUCUGCGCAGGAGACGGAAGGUCAAGCGCAUGGCCGUGGACCUGCCCCAGGACAGCGCCAGCAAAAGGACCAUGACCCAGCCCCUGGAAGGCUCCAGAGAUCAGGACAUGGACAAUGAUAACAGAGCGUACCAGUACCAAGAGUUCACCAAGAACAAGGUCAAAAAAAGGAAACUGAAAAUAGUUAGACAAGGACCAAAAAUCCAAGAUGAAGGCGUAGUUUUAGAAAGUGAGGAAAUAAGCCAGACCAGUAAGGACAAAAUGGAGUAUGAAGAACAAAAGGUCUCAGAUGAACUCAUGAGUGAAAGUGAUUCCAGCAGUCUCAGCAGCACUGAUGCUGGUUUGUUUACCAAUGAUGAGGGAAGACAAGGUGACGAUGAGCAGAGUGACUGGUUUUACGAGAAGGAAUCCGGGGGAGCGUGUGGCAUCACUGGAGUCAUUCCCUGGUGGGAGAAGGAAGAUCCUACCGAGCUAGACACAAAUCUAGCAGAUCCUGUCUUUGAAAGUAUCUUAACUGGUUCUUUCCCCCUCAUGUCACAUCCGGGAAGAAGAGGUUUCCAAGCUAGACUCAGUCGCCUUCAUGGAAUACCUUCCAAGAAUAUUAAAAAAUCUGGAGGGACCCCAGCUUCAAUGGUGACCACUCCUGGGCCAGUCAGUAAUAAGAGAAUGGUUCAUUUUUCCCCAGAUUCUCAUCACCAUGACCAUUGGUUUAGCCCUGGGGCUAGGACAGAGCAUGGCCAGCUUCUGAGAGAUAACCGAGCUGAAAGAGGACACAAGAAAAACUGUUCUGUGAAAACAGCCAGCAGGCAAACAAGCAUGCACUUAGGAUCCCUAUGCACGGGAGAUAUCAAACGGAGAAGAAAAGCUGCACCUUUGCCUGGACCUACUACCACAGGAUUAGUAGGAGAAAAUGCCCAGCCAAUCCUCGAAACCAACAUUGGAAACCGAAUGCUGCAGAACAUGGGCUGGACACCGGGGUCAGGCCUCGGGCGAGACGGCAAGGGGCUCGCUGAGCCGAUUCAAGCCGUGCAGAGGCCCAAAGGGCUAGGACUCGGAUUUCCUCUACCAAAAAGCACUCCCGCCACCACUGCCCCCAGUUCAGGAAAAUCCGCCUAAGCAGAGAAGCACAGGAGAGAUGUUUUACAAGUCUGAUUUGCUACUCGCAUCUACCCCAUUGUUCUCAGAUCGCAACAUAGCUUCUGUGUUCGAAGCACAAAUCUGCCACCGCCUCGCCCCUGUCGCUCUAGCUUCCUCGCCGCGCCGAGUCCUGCCGCAGUGAUAGAAAUGGGAUUUCAUCACAGGUCAUGGUGCUAAAGUAAAAGCCUUUCUUUACCUUUUCACAUUUUUCAGUGAUUCCAGCUCCUAGGUAUGAAGAACAGCUCGUUUCUCUUAUUUAUUUUGAUCUCAUACGUCAGUAACGUCUAAAGGUUUAGCGUGAUUCACUCGUGUGUGUGUGUGUGUGUGUGUGUGUGUGUGUGUGUGCACGCGCGCAUGUGGUACCCGAGCUCCUCCAGAGGUUUCUGAAAUGGGAUCGGCCGGAAAGGGUUGUGUCUCACGUCAUCCCCGUCUGUUGUAACCGUAGACACCUAUCACCACAGCAGUGAAGUCCCAAGCAAGUCUUUGUUUGAGAGGCUGGUCAGUUUCAUAUUCCCUGAAAUUGGCUUUUUUUGUUAAGGUGUCACCCGGGCGUCUUCAAUCCUUGGACAGUGGAGUAUGAAGUUCACAGCUGACAAACAGCAAUUAAUGUUGCCCUCUGACAUUUUGACAAAAAUAAACCUCAUCAUUAUGAUCACCAGAGUGCCCUCAACAAUUACUUUAAUGCAGAUUUUACCAAUUUUACCUCAUUUAAAACAUAAAAUAAUUAUUGAAAGAAAAGAAGUGUAUUUUUUAAAUUCACCAUGACUGAACAGUAAAUUCUGUUCAUCCAAACUUACUUCUACCUCUUUCUUCCCAAAGGGUGAUAUUUUUUUAAGAGCAACUCAACUGUAGUAAACUGAUUUUAAAUUUUAACUAUUGGAGUAAAUUAGAGUAUCAAAUCAAUUUAUUUGAAGAUUUAAAUGGCUCUCCCAAGAAUUCAGAUUUCUAGCAAUGAUCCAGACCAUUUACAAGGUGAACAAAAAAAUAAAUAAAUAAAGAAUGGUACAGCUUUGCCCUUUCUAACAUUUAAGCAGUACUUUAAAACCAAGCCAAACAAAUCGUUCUUAUUAUGUGCCUGGUCUUGCUAUGUCUGAAUCACCUGCUUCACUACGUCGGAUUUGAAACUGCUCUGUUUAGAUGUUGGUUAGUUACCAUCUUUCUUCUUAAGGACUAAUAUUCUCUUUGUAAUGAUCUUUAUUGGUUGAGUAAAGGCCAAGAUAACACAAUGUGAAUCACAUUUCUAAGGGCUUUGUUUUUCUAGAGUGUUAGGUUCACAGCAAUAUUAAGGGGAAGAUGCAGAGACUUCUCAGCCACCCUCUGCCCUACACAUGAACAGCCUUCCCCAUGAACAGCAUCCCCCAUGAACAGCAUCCCCAUGAACAGCGUCCCCCAUCAGAGUGGGACAUUUGCUACAGCUGGUGAACCUACAUUGACACGUCAUCAUCCCCCAAAAGCCACAGUUCAUACUACAGUUCACUCUUGGUGUUGAACAUUCCAUGGGCUUGGACAAACGUGUAUGCACCAUCCAUCAUACAGAGGCGUUUUAUGGUGAUAAAAUUCCUUUGUGCUCCUCUAAUAGGUUUUUGAAAAUUUGUAAAUCCCAAGACUUUUUUAAAGAGGGGAAAGGAGAUUUGUGCAUGUAGUAGAGCUGUCCCAGGUGGUCCCUGAAAGGAAGUACUGCCAGUGAGGGAAAGGAAGGUCAGCCUGCUAUGUGAAAGGCUUGGUGAUUUGCCAAAGUACACGUCCCUUUUAAGAAUUAUCUUCUUUCCUAGAGGUAUUGUGGUCAGAGGACAGGUUGGUUAGGGAACUAGAGCACCAGGUGAGCUGCUCUUUGAGCACAUUCUUGCUGGAUGAAGUAGCCCUUUUGUAUGAUUAUUUUCUACACGUUCAUUACUUAGAAAUUUGCCAUUUUUAAAAAAUGAUUUUUGUUAAAUGCCCAUUCUAUCUACGUAAGGGGUCAAAGUUGGAGGAGAUUGUCUAUAUUUUGGUUUAAAACUUCUUUGUGGUCAUGUAUCACGAGCUAGGAUCUGUUCAAAAGUGUUUUGGGUUUUUUGUUUUUUUGGUUUUUUUAACUAAUUCCAUUGCCUGAAGAUCUUCUGAAAUCCUAGCAUUUUGAAGAGCCAGAUUUGGAGCUACCAAUAACACACAAUGAAGUUAUCGUGAGACUGACCCCAGGCUCCGGAGGACUUAGCCCACUCCUUUUUCACAGAGAAAGAGCAGAGCGCAGAGCAGGCAGCACAAGGGAAUCCCUCAACUAAAUACUGAGCUUUAUGAAUACUUUUUACUGUCCUCCUGGACGGUGCUAGUCUUCUGAAACAACCCCUCUGAGCGCCUCCUCCCUGAGCUUGGGUGUGCUCUGUCUCUGCCCUCCCCAGAUAAUUCAUCUCUGUAGUUUCACUCAAUAGAAGAAAGGCCUCAAUCUUGAUAUCUAGAGUCCUCUAAGUAGUUCACAGACGACUGAAAAUAUUUCUUGCUCUAAGGAAGUGUUUAAGGAGAUCGAAUCCGAGACUCAGUGUUCAGAGCAGAGCAGUGGCGAUGUCCCAGGCUGCCCCGUGCGCUCACGCAGACCUGCACCAGGAGCACAUGCAUCCCCUCACCUUCCAGUCCUUAAGGGAAAUCACGGCACACCCAAAGUCCUGCUUGGACUGGAACUUUAUCAGAGAAAUAAACACAAUGGAAAAAUGGAAUUUUUAAUGUCAGUCAGACAUCUUUUAAGGUAUGAAGUUCACUAAUGUAUGUUUUAUAUAUAGUAAUAGCUAAUUUUGACCACUUACUAUGCCCAUAGAACUCAAAGCAUCCAAAGGAAUUCAUGCUUUAGAAUGUAUCAAUCAUAUCUCUUUAAAAAGAUGGUAAGAUUUUUCUCUUCGCUUUCAUAAAGCCACUCGUCUACAGUUUCUAAAGCCUCAUGUCAAAUUACAUGCUUGUGCUCCAAAUUUUAGAGUGUAUAGGUCCUUUCCGUUACCUUCCAAAUCAUCCAUUGCCCAGCAGCAGCCGAGAGAGGCUGAGCGUGGCUGUAUUAGCAAAUUAACUUUUUGCCUUUAUAUACUUGUUAUAGUUGAUAUUGACCAGAUUGUGUCCUGGGGUCAUUUCCUUCCUUCCUUCCUUCCUUCCUUCCUUCCUUCCUUCCUUCCUUCCUUCCUUCCUUCCUUCCUUUUUUCCUUCUUUUUCCCUAAUGUUUAAGGCUAUGUUCCCCUCAAAUUUCUUUGCCUUUAUUUUUAAAUUUUAUGGUACCCCUUUAAAAGAAAAUCCAUUGCUAACUGAAAUUUACCAAUUAGUUGAUCUCAGUGUUUGAAUACAUAGAUUUUUAUAACUCAUACCGUAGCCAUCAAACAGAAGAUAAGACAGUAGGGUUAAAGGUAUGAUAUGCCUGAUGUAUACUUAUAGGUGUGUUUACAGGGCACAUAUGUGUGCAAUAUACAGACAUGAUUGCAAAAUACUGCAUUUUAUUGAUAUGUUUAUUUUAACAUUGUGAAUUGAUAUUCUUGCAAUUAAUUGAACUGACAGUUGCUUCUCUUCAAUCUGUUUUUGUUUUGAGCAGAUAUUUCACAAAAGAGAAAAAUCACUGUUGACAUGCUUCUUAAAACUAUUUCCUCCUGUACUUUUUCUUUAAGAAAAAAAAAGUGAUCUAAAUUGGUAUUGUAAAAUGAAUUUGUUUAGCAAAGAAUAUUUUGGAUUUUUUUUUCUUUUGGUAGAAAGAUAUAUUAAUAAUACAACAAAGAAUGAAAGAAUAAAUGUAAUGUUUAAGAAUGUUAUUUAUAAGCAGUCCCUGUCUUUGUGCUUUAAAUGUUUCCCUCUUAAAGUAAUA